GGAUGAAAAAGCCAUACAAUGAAGUAAUUGAUGUUUCUCGGGACAAUCCACAUGCAACAGGCAUGAAACCCAUGUCAUUUGUUCGACAGUGACAAAAUGCCCUUGGAUGUCAGAAAGAGAGCCAAGACCCUGCUUGAAUGCAUUGGUGGCAGCGUUGGUUGUUACAGUGACACGAUAGGCAUCCCUAUCAUGCGUGAUAGUGUCUCUGAUUUCCUAAGCCGUCGAGAUGAAGGAGUCCCUUCUGCCUCUGGAAACAUCUUCAUCACCCAUGGAUCCGAUCAUGGCUUUGGGCUGCUUCUAACAAUGUUGGUGCGCGGCGACCGCUCACCCCUCGUAGGGGUGCUGACUCCGGUGCCAUCACAAGAUUUUGGCAAUGCCACCCUGGCGGCGUCGGGAGCCAUCGCGGUGCCGUAUUAUCUAGACGGCCAACAGGGCUGGCGGCUGCACACAGAGGAGCUACAGAGAGCUCUGCGGUCGGCGAGGGAAGUGUGUGAUCCCAUCGCACUAUACGUCAUCAAUCCUGGAGAUCCCACAGGCCACGUUCAGAGCAGAGAAUCAAUGGAGGAGAUCAUCCGCUUCGUAUAUGAGGAGAAGCUUUUGCUAUUUGCCAAUGAGGACCACCAAGAUAUUUUGAUUGGUGAGGGUUGCAUGUUCAUAUCAUACAAGAAGGUUCUGGCUGAGAUGGGAUCUCCUUUUUCUGAUGCGGUGGAGCUGGUGUCAAUCCACUCAGCAUCCAAAGGCUUCAUGGGAGAGGGGGGUCUGCACGGUGGAUUCUUAGAGCUGGUCAACUUCGACCCUUCAGUUCAGAUAGAGUUUGACCGGCUGAUCUCCCUACUGGUCCUACCUAUCAUCGGUCAGUUGGCCCUUGAAGUGAUGUUGAACCCUCUACAACCAGGGGAGCCUUCAUACGAGCAGUAUCAAGAGGAGAUACAGCACAUCCGGGAAACACUGGUCCAUAACGUGACCAGAGCCUUUGAGGUUCUCAACAGCUUGCCAGGAAUCAGCUGUGAACAAAUAAAUGGAGGGGCCUCCAUGUUCCCCAGAUUACAUCUUCCACACAUUGCCAUUCACCAAGCCAAGGAGGAGGAACAGCUUCCGGAUUUCUUCUAUUGCUCCAGGCUGCUGGAGCAGACGGGUUUGUGCGUAUGUCCCGGUUCUGACCUUGGACUACCAGAGGGAACCUACCACAUCCGACUCUGCAUCAUGAACUCUGUGGAUACAAUGGAGGAAGUACUGAGACGUCUGGGCAAUUUUCACAAACAGUUUAUGAAGGAUUUCUCUUGAACAGAGAAUAGUGAGCGUAGAAAAGCCAAAAUGGGGAGUUUUUCUUUUAUAUUAAUGCAACAUUCGCCUUUUGAGUAUUUUGCAUCUUGAGAUUUUGUACAAAAUAACAAUGAGUGUUACACAUACUUCUGAUGUUUUAAUUUUCGACUCAAUAAAUUAUU